AUGAAUAACAGUGCAUUCGAUAUCCAACCCAUUGGUCGCUUCUAUGGCGCCAAUACCACCAUUCGACGUCCCAGGGAAGUAGCCUGCUUUUCAUAUGAUGAUGAGCAUCAGUUCCACCUCGGGGAUUCAUCCUUGCGGUACUACUACACGCCGCGCCUCCCGGCAGAUUUGAACCGUGGCUUCGAUACAUUUCAGAAGCUAAAUGAUGCACCAGAUGAGCACCUGGAUGCUUUAUUAGACACUAUCAUGGCUUUUGAGAAAGAGACGGGGAAGAAAUAUGAAGCUGACAUCAUUACAUGGCGAGGCAUGAUGACCAAGAUUCUGACUGCUCCUUUUGACAACCUGAACGGUUUUAUUGAGGAGAACAAUGCCUAUAAGAACCAGCAAAAGCAGAUACAGCAAAAUCAAAGAAUGCCUCCGGGUAUGGCCUCUCAAGAGCUGAUGGCAUACUGGGGUUACAAAUUUGAAACCUUGUGUCUGCUUCAGAAACCAUGGGAUCCAACCCCACGCGCCGAGAUUGAAAGUCGUGAGGAUCUUGUUGUUAACAACAAUGCACAAUACUGCUCGGUUGUCCGCACCGGAAUAGGAAAUUCGAAGCUCAUCAUCGGCGGUGAAGUCGAUGCCGUUUGGGAUUGCAAGCCCGACCGCGCUGAAGAUCCCAUCAACUGGGUAGAGCUGAAGACCUCUGCGGAGAUCAAAAAUGAUCGUGAUAUGGUGAAGUAUGAGAGGAAACUCUUAAAAUUUUGGGCUCAGUCGUUUUUGCUUGGUGUUCCCAAGAUCAUUGUGGGAUUUCGUGACCAGAAUGGCAUCGUCCAUCGCCUCGAGGAGCUCGAAACGGCCACUAUCCCGAACAAAGUGAAGAAGGUUGGAAAAGGCACCUGGGACGGGAACAUUUGCAUAAAUUUCACAGCUGCCUUGCUUGGGUGGCUCAAAUCUACCAUUCAAGAGGGGGGAACAUGGCGCAUUCGCAAACGUGAGAAGUCAUCUCUCAUUGAAGUCUUCCGAAUCGAGGAAAGCGGGACUGGCGACAUAAUCUCUCAAUCCUUUUUGAAUUGGCGGGCGGCUUCAUGA